GAAACCAAGAAGCAAGCUUCUGACAAUUCACCCCUCGGAAUUCUUUCGGCCAUAAUGAGCGAUCGCCAGCGAAUAAUCAACACUCAUUCGGAUGCAACAUCGUCUCCCGCUCCUCUCCCCAGUUUGUCUUCGUUGGUCGGAACCAAUUCCUCUUCUCACGCCCCAUUGCAAAAAACUCAAACUCCUGCGAACAUCACCUCCACGACAAAAAAAGACAGGCUACCCAACAAGGCCAAUAAUGUUAAGAGCGUUGCACCUGUGACAUCCUCCGUAAAACCUCAUGCGUCAUCUGCACCCCCCAAGUCAGUUGCACAAACUCCAAAGAGAAUGGUGCGUCCUACCCCACUCCCUCUUAGCAAACCUGUGGGGUCAUCGGGUCAACACGUGAAAGGAAAUAUGGUUUACGCGAAAAAGACUGCUACCGAUCUGAAUGUUGAUAUGGAUUUCGCGCCGGUUCACGGCCGAUCGGUUGACAAUCGAGAAGAAGAUGACGACGCUGAAAUGCAAAAUCAAUUACGUCAGAAGAAGUCUUGGGCCUCUUUUAACUCGGUUGCACAUGCAUCUUUCAGAAAUGACACCCCUUUGACCACCGAUCACGAUAGCCCCAAAAAUAGUUUCCGACGUCGUCUCCGACGCAACAAUUCCGGUUCCCGUAAAGAACAACAAUCUACCACAAACUCAAAUUCUGUCUCGGAUUCCAUUUCACUCGAACAAAACGGUUCAUCAUAUUCACAUAUGGUUAACGGCGAUCAACAAUCCCAACUUCACCUAUCGGUUCCAACCAAAGAUCACCUUCAUCGCGAUUCAAUCUCAUCUAAUUCUUCCGAAUCCACGACUUUCUCCCGAAAUGGUUCGUAUCCCUCAUCAGCCACAUCCCCGUCGAGUACUCAAACGGAUUCCGGUCAUAUCAACAAUGAACCAUUGAUCUUUUCCCAUGUUUCCGAUUCCAUUCGACAUGAUCAAAACAACUCAUUCUCUCAUCAACAUCACGACUCCUCUUCUGGUCAUCAAAACAAUUCUGAAUCUGCCCCCGCCAAGCAUCUUCCAUCAUCAGCCUUAUCUUCUCAUAUGGUAAACUCCAAUGUCCGUCCACUGUCACCUGCAUCUUCAACUCGAUCAUCAACUCCCAGUAUCAAUGGUCCGACCACCCGCGCACGAUCCCCUGCCUCAUCAUCUCGAUCAUCAACACCUGCUUCUGAAUCUAACCGUUUCACCUCUGGUCAAUCCCGCCGUACACGUAUCCACGAAUCCUCAAACUAUGACGAUGCUGAAUCCUCCUCCAACAGAAAUUUCGUUCAACCACCCCCACCGCCACCAAACACAAAAGAUCCAGUCGCCACUUUGCAGCACUACCUCCGCUUGAUCUCUCAUGAAUGCGUUCCAGGUAAAAAUAAUCCUCAAGAGAUUUUCGACAUGAAAAAAGUCAUCGAUGAAGGUUCCUCCGCAAAAGUCUACACCGCUCGUCCCGUGGCUAAUCGUAAAGAAGAACUUGCCGUCAAGAUUGUCCCACUGACCUACAGCUUGGAAUUCAUCUUUAACGAAUUAUACGUGUUGAAGAACUUUAAGCACGAAAAUAUCGUCGAUUUCAAAGAGAGUUACUUGAGGUGGGACGGGAAAAAUCGAGAAGUUUGGAUUGCCAUGGAAAAAUGCGCCCUUGGAGAUGUGACCAGCCGUGCUGGCAAAAUCAGCGAACGUGAAGUUUCGCGCAUUGCUCGAGAGCUCUUACAAGCACUAAAGCACUUGCAUUCUAACGGCGUCAUUCACCGAGACCUCAAGCUUUCAAACAUUUUGGCCGACGUCAAUAAUCAAAUUAAACUUGCUGAUUUUGGAAUCUCUUCACUGGAACCCAUCUCUACCACCGCUAUGGUUGGAACGAUCCCGUACAUGGCUCCUGAUGUUGUUCUCGUCUCACCGGAUCGACCUUACGACACGAAAGUUGACAUCUGGUCUCUAGGUGUCUGCAUCUUGGAACUUUUGAGCGGCAAAGCGGCCUGGGGCCGUGUCAGGGAUGAUGAAAUAAUGGAUAAAUUGCGUAGAGGUGAGAUGCCCUCCGGAUUCCAACGUUUGACUGACAAGACUGAGAUCGGAUGGGAAGUCAAAGAUUUCUUGCAAAAGUGUUUCGCCAGUUCUGCAGACGCCAGAUGGUCCGCAGAGAAACUGUUGGAGGUAUGA